UCUAGUUGUUCCACUUUCCAUCUCAACUUCUCCGUCAACUCACUCUGCAACUUGGAUCACAUGGCAGCAACAUCAGGGAAGAUUGUCCAAAAUGUUUUUGUGUCACAACAGUGCUACCAACAGAAUAGAAAGUUCGGUUCACAGAGUCGAAGGGACUAUUUUGACCCUUAUAUGCGCAACUUGCUUCCCUCUCCACUAGGGAAGUUGGCAUGGAAUGGCAUGCAAUUGCGCACUUUAUCAAAACCCCUGAAUGAUUUUAUUAUCCAGAGAAAUAUUCACUGCAAUGCUUCUGCAUCUGCUACUGCAGUACCAUAUCUAGACAAGGUUGAUUUUCUAAGGCUUCAAAAUGGCAGUGACAUACGCGGUGUGGCUGUUGAUGGUGUUGAGGGAGAGCCAUUGAACCUCGCUGAACCUGUUGCUGAAGCAAUAGGAGCUGCUUUUGCUGCAUGGUUAGGGGAGAAAAAGAAAGCAGAUGCUUCUCAGAAUUUGAGAGUUUCUAUUGGCCAUGAUUCCCGAAUAUCAGCCAAAUUAUUGCAGAAUGCGAUUUCUCGAGGUCUUGCUAGUGCUGGACUAGAAGUUAUCCAAUAUGGAUUAGCAUCAACACCAGCCAUGUUCAAUAGCACACUCACGAAAGAUGAAGCAUUUUUGUGUCCUGUUGAUGGGGCUAUUAUGAUAACAGCGAGUCAUCUGCCUUUCAACCGGAAUGGAUUCAAGUUUUUCACCAAUGAUGGUGGGCUUGGGAAGGCUGACAUCAAAGAUAUCUUAGAGCGAGCUGCAGACAUAUACAAUCAAUUUACAGAAGAAAGUUUAAUGAAUUCAGAGAGAAAGGCUUCAUUAUCUAUUAAGAGAGUUGAUUACAUGACUGUGUAUACAUCUGAUCUAGUAAAGGCAGUUCGCGUAGCAGCUGGAAACAUAGAGAAGCCAUUAGAGGGUUUCCAUAUAGUUGUUGAUGCAGGCAACGGAGCAGGAGGAUUUUUUGCAGAGAAGGUUCUGGAACCUCUGGGGGCAAUAACUUCUGGUAGUCAAUUUUUGGAGCCAGAUGGUUUGUUUCCAAAUCAUAUCCCCAAUCCUGAGGACAAGACAGCAAUGAAAGCUAUAACCCAGGCAGUCCUUGAUAACAAAGCUGAUCUUGGAAUUAUCUUUGAUACUGAUGUGGACAGAUCUGCUGCUGUGGAUUCCACUGGCCGUGAAUUCAACCGGAAUCGUUUGAUUGCCUUAAUGGCAGCUAUUGUUCUUGAAGAACAUCCUGGAACAACUAUUGUCACUGACAGUGUGACUUCUGAUGGCCUUACCACUUUUAUUGAGAAGAAACUUGGUGGCAAACACCAUCGGUUCAAAAGAGGCUACAAAAAUGUCAUCGAUGAAGCUAUUCGUUUGAACUCUGUUGGCGAGGAGUCACAUUUAGCAAUUGAAACCAGUGGACAUGGAGCUCUUAAGGAGAAUCAUUGGCUUGACGAUGGUGCAUACCUAAUGGUGAAGAUCUUAAAUAAACUUGCUUCUGCAAGAGCUUUAGGAAUGGGGGGUGGAAGCAAGGUUUUGACUAAUCUAAUUGAAGGACUCCAGGAACCAGCUUUUGCUGUAGAAUUAAGAUUAAAGAUAAACCAAAACCAUCCAGAUCUUAAAGGAGGAUCUUUUCGGGAAUAUGGAGAAGCUGUGCUGAAGCAAUUGGAGAACUCAAUUGGCUCUGAUCCAAGCCUGAAAAAGGCUCCUGUAAACUUUGAAGGGGUCCGAGUUUCUGGCUAUGGUGGAUGGUUCCUUCUUAGACUAUCACUUCAUGAUCCUGUUCUUCCCCUUAACAUUGAGGCACCAAGUAAUGACGAUGCUGUGAAGCUUGGACUUGCUGUGCUUGCAGCUGUAAAGGAGUUUGCAGGUUUAGACACAUCAGCCUUGAACAAAUUUGUGGGAGCAUCAUAAUUUGAUGCUUCAUACGAGAAUUUAGUUGGAUGCUGGAAAUGCUUUUGCUUCUAUUUUUGCAUUAUAAAAGGAGGGUUCUCUUUACCCACUUCAGCAGCAAGUAGGGGUGAAUCAAAGCACACAGUCCUAGUGAACCAGAAUUACCACCAUAUGAGGUGUCAAGAGUAUGGUCAGUUGUCCAUGAUUAGAAAUAUUAGAGAUCUCUACUAUAGAAUUUUAGUGACAUCCCAUUUGAGAGCUAUGUCAUCAGUAUCUGUGGUGUAAUUUUGUUGUGCUUUGCAUUGAGUAUUAUUGACUGUCUUCUGAUAAUGCCUUUGGACUCAUAGGCUCACUGGCAGGAUGUGUGCAUGUGGCCUUUCUAUCUAUCUUUACAAGAAAAAUGAGAAAAUAUAGAAAUUUAAAAAGAAAAAAUGGAA